AUGUCAAAGGACGGGGAAAGUUUCCGAGUUGUUCACAAACGCGUCGCGGUCCGAGCUCUGCCCUCCACAACUGCAGAGAUCGUAGGCGUUGAAGCUCUCGGAGCCGUUAUCUCCGGGAAGCGCGUUCAGGUGAAAGGCGAGCUCUGGGUGCGAAGAGAUCUGAACAACCGGGAAACAUGGAUGCUUGUAGACGGCUCUAGGUUGGGCCUAGGGAGGCUGCUUGAAGCGGUAGCGGUCCCAUCGGCCCCUCCAGCGGUCAAGAGCGAAAAGAAGGAGACCAAAAGCUCCAUAAGUACCACAAGCAACCCAAGCCCGAGUACUCAGAAAGUUCCGAUCGGAUUGAUCGGCGAGAGGUUGUGGCAUUCGCCACUGCAUGAGCUGCCCAGGCCUGAGUGGGCACCUCGACACGGCUACUAUGCUUUAUCAGGCGGUUUGUCUGCAACUGGCUGGCGCAACAUCUGGGUGUUCGGAGGCAUCAUUCCUGGCUUGGGCUACUCUGAUGACGUGUGGCGCACUGUGAACGGCGGUGCCAGCUGGGAGUUAGUCGUUGCUGGGAUUCACUGGAGCCCAAGAUCUGACUUCGGCUGUUGCGGUGGCUCCACUGCACCUGAGCCACGACCCAAAGGAGUAAUUUACAUCGUCGGAGGCCAAGGAGGUCCCGGAUUGCUUCCCGAUGUCUGGGCCUCAGACACCGCUGGCAGAAAAUGGUCACGCAUGUGCGAGAAGGCACCGUUCGGCUCCCGUACGGGAGUUGCGUGUGCCACGGUACCCUCGCGUCCUUUGGUGCUGCUCGUAGCCGGUGGCGUCUCUGACGAUGUUCAUCGCGAUCUAUGGGUCAGUCAGGAUGGGGGUGCAACUUUCGAUUGUCUCAUGCUCACCAUGCCAAUCGGUCCAACAUUAUUGAAGUGGCCUCCACACUUACUCUGUGCUGCCAGAGCACAAAGUGGUCAACUUGGGCUUUGGUGUCUCCGGCUGAGAGGACUGACGGAUCCUCUAGAAGACACCUCCAAGAGCCGCUUCUGCCAACGUGGAGCUGAAGUGAACGGCCUCGUUGCGGAGCUGGAGCCUUUAGACGAAUUUUCACAAAGCUUUGAUUGCGAGUGCUCGCCAGAUUUUCCCAAGCCUCCGCGAGUGGGGUUGGAUCUGGAGGCUAGCGUCGCAGUCCAUCUUUCUAGGCAUGGCCUACAAGGGCAGUGUUUGCCAAACCCUGAAGAGCCUGACUCCAUUAGCAUAGCCAUUGACUGUUCUCCGUGGGAGCUAGAAAACGUCUCGUGUGUCGCGCCUCCAGAAUCCUUUGUCGUUUGCGACAUGGACGCUGCAUAUACGAGAGGCCACGGCAAAGUGCAUAUUCUCACGGAAGAUCGCUGCUUCACCUCCGACCGCCAACAGUACAAAUUGCAAGAUCGCUUCUUGAAGCUCGUGGGCCUUCGGCUUGCAGUAAUGGUGGGUCUUCCGAUGGACCUGUGGCUGGGCCGUGUGCGACCUUUGUUGUUGCCACGCCCUCGCCGAAUUGCCGGAUUCGCUCGCCCUUUGGGCGAAGCCCCCAAGCCAUUGCCAUGA